UUAGGCCUCUUCUUUCAAUUUCCACGUCUUUCAUAAAUGGAAGUUUUCAGAUUCUAAGAUGGGAGACAGCUUUAUAUCUGCUGGAAACUUAAACACUUCUUCAACAGAAGUUAAAAAAAGUGCGAUGUUAGAUCUUCGAACUGGAAAACCUCUUCAGAUUCCAGAAGGAGAUUUAUUUGGAAGAUGCAGAUAUGUCACGGAUUUUGAGAAACUAAACAGGAUAGGAGAAGGAACUUAUGGAAUAGUUUAUAGAGCCCGUGAUACUAAAUCAGGAUAUAUAGUGGCUCUCAAGAAACUCAGAAUGGAGAGGGAGAAAGAUGGUAUCCCGGUAUCAGGACUCAGAGAAAUAUCCAUAUUAUUAAACUGUGAUCAUGAAAAUAUAGUGAGAGUUCGCGAGAUCGCAGUUGGACGAAGUCUUGAGUCUAUUUUUCUCGUGAUGGAAUAUUGUGAACAGGAUCUUGCCUCUCUUCUAGAUAAUAUGCAGAAUCCAUUCUCAGAAUCACAGGUUAAAUGUAUCAUGAAGCAGGCAUUCCAAGGAUUAAGUUAUCUUCACUCUUCAUUUAUUGUUCAUAGAGACUUGAAGGUUUCCAAUCUUCUUCUGACAGACAAGGGCUGCCUCAAAAUAGCAGAUUUUGGUCUAGCAAGAUACUAUGGAGUGCCCCUGAAGCCGAUGACCCCCCGUGUAGUGACGCUUUGGUACCGUGCCCCUGAACUACUUCUUAAUGCUAAAACCCAGACAACAGCUAUUGAUAUGUGGAGUGCUGGCUGUAUUCUUGGAGAACUACUCGCUCAUAAACCUCUUCUUCAGGGGAAAUCUGAAAUUAAUCAGCUGGAACUGAUCGUUGAUCUACUGGGUACUCCUAAUGACCAUAUUUGGCCCGAGUUCUCAUCCCUACCCGCUGUUCAGGAAUUCCGGUUGAAGACCCAGCCCUACAACAAUAUAAAACAAAAGUUCCCCUGGUUGACCCCUGCUGGACUCCGUCUACUUAACUUCCUGUUCAUGUUUGAUCCUACCAAGCGAGCAACUGCUAAUGAAUGCCUUCAAUCAUCAUAUUUUCUGGAGCCUCCAAUACCUUGUGAUCCCCGACUGAUGCCAACCUUCCCCCAUCACCGGAAUAAACCUGAACCUGGCCGAGGACCUGCUCCGGCUGGCCGGCCACAAGGACCAGCUGAUUCUCACAGUACAAUGUACACAAUGAACUUUGGAAAUAUUAAUAUGAAAUAGGCAGUUGCCUAAACCCAUGAUCUCUUAUGUACUUAAAGUACACAGUACGCAGUACGCUAAACGAUUAAAAAAAUAUUAAGUAUUGUUGCGAGGAUGCUAGUCCUCAUUAAGCCUGAAUUUACAGAAAAA